AUGCUAGGGAGAACCGCUUUGAAUGUGUUCAAUGCUCCCAAGCAUUUUUGGAGUUCGGGAACGCAAAAAAUCGCUUUCAAAAAUGCAUUCUCUGCUCACCGUCAAAUUCAUGCAUCUCGCAUCCUCAGGACUUACGAGGAGGAAAAGGUAGUUUUAGAUGAGAUGGCCUCGAGUUUGACUGAUCAGGAUCGUAAGACUUCGAGUGUUCUGCGGAAUAUUGGUAUUUCCGCUCACAUCGACUCGGGGAAGACCACCUUCACGGAACGUGUCUUAUUCUACACAGGACGUAUCAAGGCUAUUCAUGAAGUGAGAGGUCGUGACAACGUUGGCGCAAAGAUGGACUAUAUGGAUUUGGAAAGAGAAAAGGGUAUCACCAUCCAGUCUGCCGCUACCUAUUGCUCUUGGGACAAAGACGGUGAGCACUACCACUUCAACUUGAUCGAUACACCAGGUCACAUCGAUUUCACCAUUGAAGUGGAACGUGCGCUCAGAGUUUUGGAUGGUGCAGUUUUGGUUGUGUGUGCAGUCUCAGGUGUUCAGUCACAAACAGUCACAGUAGACCGUCAAAUGAGAAGAUACAAUGUGCCAAGAGUUACUUUCAUUAACAAGAUGGAUCGUAUGGGCGCUAAUCCUUUCCGUGCCAUUGAUCAGAUCAACAAGAAACUGAAGACCCCAGCAGCGGCCCUUCAAGUACCAAUUGGCGCAGAAUCCGAAUUGAAAGGUGUUGUGAACAUUAUUGACCGCGUAGCUUUGUAUAACGAAGGAGCUAAGGGCGAACAAAUUGUCACUGGCCCUAUUCCCGCUGAACUAAACGAGUUAGUGGAGGAAAGAAGAGCAAUGCUAAUUGAAACCUUAGCGGACGUGGACGAUGAAAUGGCAGAGAUUUUCCUAGAAGAACAAGCGCCCUCUGUUGACCAGAUCAAGGCGGCAAUUCGCAGAGCCACUAUUGCCAGAAAAUUCACUCCUGUUUUGAUGGGAUCGGCUUUGGCGAACAGAAGUGUGCAGCCUGUCCUGGAUGCCAUUGUGGACUAUUUACCAAACCCAUCUGAGGUCCUCAACACUGCGCUAGAUGUUUCCAAUAACGAGACUAAAACAAACCUAAUUCCUUCUGUUCAACAGCCUUUUGUGGGUCUUGCCUUCAAGCUGGAAGAGGGCAAGUAUGGUCAAUUGACAUAUAUUCGUGUUUACCAGGGUCGCUUGAAGAAGGGUGGCUAUAUCACUAACGUGAAGACUGGUAAAAGGGUCAAGGUGUCUCGUCUAGUGAGAAUGCACUCUAAUGAUAUGGAGGAUGUUGACGAAGUUGGCUCUGGAGAAAUUUGCGCUACCUUCGGUAUUGACUGCGCUUCUGGUGAUACUUUCACUGAUGGCACUUUAAACUACUCCAUGUCCUCAAUGUAUGUCCCAGAUGCCGUUAUAUCGCUCUCGAUCACUCCAACGACUAGGGAUUCUACAAACUUUUCCAAAGCACUCAACCGUUUUCAGAAGGAAGACCCCACUUUUAGAGUGCGCUUCGAUGCGGAAUCUAAGGAAACAGUUAUUUCAGGUAUGGGCGAACUGCAUUUGGAAAUUUACGUCGAGAGAAUGAAGCGUGAAUACAAUGUGGACUGUGUUACCGGUAAGCCUCAAGUUUCUUACAGAGAAUCUAUCACUGUGCCUGCUGAAUUCGAUUACACACACAAAAAGCAAUCUGGUGGUGCUGGUCAAUACGGUAGAGUCAUGGGUUCUCUAAGCCCUCUAGAGGGAUCAAAUGGAAACAAAUUUGAGACCGCUAUUGUGGGUGGACGUAUUCCUGACAAAUAUUUGGCGGCUUGUGGCAAGGGAUUCGAAGAAGCUUGCGAAAAGGGACCCUUGAUCGGACACCGUGUUUUGUCUGCGCACAUGUUGAUCAACGAUGGUGCAAUCCAUGCUGUUGACUCUAACGAACUAGCUUUCAAGACGGCCACAAUGGCAGCCUUCAAGCAAGCGUUCCUCGAGGCCAAACCUGUCAUUUUGGAGCCAGUCAUGGCCGUCACGGUAACAGCUCCUAAUGAGUUCCAAGGAAACGUGAUCAGUUUGCUCAAUAAACUGCAAGCGGUGAUUCAAGACACUGAAAAUGGUCAAGAUGAGUUCACCAUUGGUGCUGAGUGUUCGUUGAAUACCCUUUUCGGGUUUGCGACCUCUCUGAGGUCUUCGACCCAAGGUAAAGGUGAGUUCUCCUUGGAAUUCAAGCAUUACUCCCCCACAUCUCCUCAUUUGCAGAGACAGCUGAUCGCUGACUUUGAGAAGAAACAGCAACAAAAGAAGUGA